AUCAAUUGUUACAGUGAAACACAGUAGACCUGCAGUCUCGCCUGCUUUCUCGGAAACUGGGAUCACUCUACAAUGUCCUAUCCUCAGUUCGGAUAUCCUUACUCUUCAGCACCACAGUUCCUCAUGACCACCAACUCUUUGACAUCUUGCUGCGAGUCGAGCACCAGGUCCAUCUCGGAUUCCUCUGCGCAGACGCCCGUGUACUGUCCCGUGUAUGAAAGCAGACUCCUGGCCACUGCCAGACACGAGCUGAGCUCCGCCGCAGCGCUGGGAGUCUAUGGGAACCCCUACACAAGUAGUCAAGGCUAUGGGAAUUAUGUUACCUAUGGAGCAGACGCCUCUGCUUUCUACUCUUUGGGAACGUUUGAUGCCAAGGAUGGGAGUGCGUCUGCGCAUGCGGGAAUAACCCAGGCUGCAGCGUAUUACCCAUAUGAUCCCACCCUGGGACAGUACCAGUAUGACAGAUACGGAUCUAUGGAGGGAGGAACCAGAAGAAAAAACGCCACCCGUGAAACAACCAGUACGUUGAAAGCAUGGCUUCAGGAGCACAGGAAAAACCCUUAUCCUACCAAAGGCGAGAAGAUAAUGUUGGCCAUCAUCACCAAAAUGACCCUCACACAAGUUUCCACGUGGUUCGCCAAUGCUAGAAGGAGACUCAAGAAAGAAAACAAGAUGACAUGGCCACCGAGAAACAAGGGCUCAGAUGAUAAAAAAUACGAUGAUGAUGAGGAUGGGUCACAAGAAGAUCAAAUCAAAAGUGAAACCAAUGAUGACGAGGGCAAAAGUCGAGAGGACAAGGAGCUUCAGCUUAGUGACUUGGACGAUUUUGACACCAUCGAAUCGGAGACCUCAGAGUGUGAACUUAAACAUCGCUUCCACAUGAACGCGCAUAUGGCGACAACCGAUGAUCAAAUCAAAGAAACCUCUCCAAAACUAUCUAUUCCGGGUCUGCUUGAAGCUGACCACGAUUUAACCAAAAGUUGCUUAAAAACGACCACUGAAGACUGCGAACACGAUGUCGGUGACCUUCGGCACACCAAAACGUGUUUCCAACAGCAAGGCCAUCCAUUACUGGACAGCAAACCGCGAAUCUGGUCCCUGGCCCAGACCGCGACGUCGUUAAACGCAACAGAAUACUCCUCGUGUAUGCUUAGGUGUCAACCAUCACCCUCAGCCUCCUCACCUGUUAACGUCCUGGAGAGACAGCAGGACUCACCGGUAACCACUCUCAGAAACUGGGUAGAUGGAGUUUUUCACGACCCCCUGUUUAGACACAGCUCCUUAAACCAAGCACAAACGAACACUUCAGUUUCUUGGACGACCUCGACCAAAGGGUCUAUCUUAGAGACAGGGGCCAUUGGACGCUCCAUAGUAAACAACAACGUGAUAAAAACACAACAGCAGGAGGCCACUAAGGACAAUAUGACAUUUGCGAAGGGGGUGAAUAAAAUAUUCUGUUCCUAG